AUGUUCUGCCCGUCCCGUGGCGGCGGAUCACGGGACCAGGGCACAAGCCCUGGGAGCCCACAACCCAAGGCACUAAGCGACUCCUGCCGCAAUCUCAGCGCGACUUUCGGAUACGCUGCAGCGACGACGACGACAUCGACAACCAGCCCUUCAACGGAAUCGCCAGCGAAGGGUACCUCCAGCUUUGGCAAGCGCCACAACAAGACUCACGGUCUCUGCCGGCGUUGUGGCCGCCGCUCGUGGCACAUCCAGAAGUCGACCUGUGCCAACUGCGGCUACCCCGCUGCUAAGACUCGCAAGUUCAACUGGGGCGAGAAGGCCAAGCGCCGCAAGACCACCGGCUCCGGCCGCUGCGCUCACCUGAAGGACGUCCACCAGCGCUUCCAGAACGGCUUCCGCACUGGUGUCCCCAAGGGCGCCCGCGGUCCCGAGAACCACUAA